AGACGACCCGAAAUGUUUACGAUUAGACACUUAAUCAGAUUGUUCAAAGUCCGAGGAUGUUGACAUAGCUAAAUUACUUUUGAAAACACCGAAAGCGCCGACGAUGUCAGUGUUCCUCUCAGUAACAGUUUCGAUCGGCUUCCUCGUCACCAUCAUCUACGCUGCCAUCAAGUUGACACAGAGUAUUCUCCGCUUCAGGAGACACGCCGCAGCUGUCAACAAGUUUCCACAGGAUGAGAAAAAUCCGAUAUGGGGGCAUCUGGGCCGUUUCCCUGGACCUAAUGAGGAGGGCUUGAAGUUCCAGCGGCAAAUGACGACAGAGUUCCCAUUUUGUUCGUUGGCAUGGAUUGGUCCGUUUCUUUCCAUGCUAGUCGUCAAUCAUCCGGAUACGGUGAAAUCCAUCUUGAAAACAUCAGAGCCAAAAGCUGCACAGAUCUACAACCUGAUUCGUCCAUGGGUUGGCGACGGUUUGCUGCUGAGCAAGGGAAACAAGUGGGCAAGAAAUAGACGCAUGUUGACGCCAGCCUUCCACUUUGACGUCCUCAGACCUUACAUCACUGUCAAAAACAGAGCUGUAGACAUCCUUCUGAGUAAGAUGGGCAGGUUCUCGCAGCAGGACAAGUAUUUUGAAGUAUUCACAGAGGUCAGUCUGUUCACGCUGGAUGUCAUCUUGAAAUGUGCCUUCUCUUAUGACACAGACUGCCAGAACAUCGGAACAAAUCAUCCCUAUGUGAAUGCAGUUAACACACUCUCUCACCUGGCCACAGACAGAUUCUUCAAGCCGUGGCUGCACAACAAGUGGGUUUACAUGCUGACACCGAGCGGACGCCAGUUCCGGAAGUGUUGUGAUCUGGUCCACACUGUGGCAGAGGACAUUAUAGAGAACAGAAGAAGAGCUUUGCUGUCCCACUCAGUGGAGCAGGAUCUGGUUAAGAGACGGCGCUGUAUGGACUUCCUGGACAUCCUGCUGACCGCCAGAGACGAUGAUGGGGAGGGGCUGACCCCGCAGGAGAUCCGAGAUGAGACAGACACAUUCCUGUUUGAAGGUCACGACACCACCGCUAGCGCCCUCUCCUGGACUCUGUACUCACUUGCGGAACACCAGAAGUGCCAGGAAGCUGUAUACAGAGAGGUCGAUGACCUCAUGUCCCGCAAGCAGAACACCGAUAUUGAGAUGGAGGAUCUUCCACACCUGCCCUACCUCACCAUGUGUCUGAAGGAGAGUCUCCGACUUCACACGCCAGUGCCCUUCAUACAAAGGGAGAUAACCCAGCACCUACUUGUGGAUGGCCAGGAAGUUCCCAAGGGGACUAUAGUCAGUGUGGUUAUCUACAACUUGCACCACAACCCCAUCAUCUGGCCCAACUCGUUGGAGUUCCAGCCAGAGAGGUUUUCACCUGAAAAUGUGGAAAGUCGAGACCCCUACAGCUUUGUACCUUUCUCCGCUGGACCAAGGAACUGUAUUGGACAGAACUUUGCCAUGCACGAGCUGAAGAUUGCCCUUGCUAGGGUGAUACACAGAUUCCGCCUGGAGUUGGACAAGAACCAUACGGUGAGGAAAGUGGAGGACAUAGUGAUGAGAGCCGAGAACGGAAUCCGAAUGAAAGCCAUACCCAGGGUCAAGGUCACACAAGCUUAAAACCAUUAACUGCUGUCACUUAGCUUUCUUCAUCUUUAGAUGAAGUUAUUACAAGUU